UGGUGGUUUCGUGUGUUUUUGGUGUGGUUUUACCGUGAGUGAGAAUUUUGCAAAUUUCCGAAAUUGUGUUGUUCACUCAACAUUGUGUCGCACUUGUGGGUUUUGGGAGUAGGGUGAUGAAGCUUUGUGAAAUGAAAGGUUUUCUGCCAAGUAGUUCUAGAGGGAUUGUGUCAAACAUAGAUUUAUGCAGCGUUGAGCUGCAGGUCUCUGAUCGGAACUGUGAAAUUGGCUUUUGCCAGUUUUAGGAGAUUUUCAUUUUUAUUUUUAUUUUUUGUUUUUUAAAUUUUUGUGAGGGGGUGUAAUGGUCGACCGUCUGUGUGAUGAGUCGCACGGGAAGACUCUUGAGUGUGGACUAAUGUUUGACCUUGGUAGCCGAUGAUGACUUGACUUCCAAGCCUUUCAGUUCGUAUAUUUUUUGAGACUGCAAUACUCAGAAGCCACCAGUGGGCGGAGAGAUGGAGGCGGAUCCCCUGGUAAUGGAGACCACACAAGACAGGCGGAUGCGCAUCGUGAAUGCACAUUUGCAGAUGAGGGCCUCAGAGGAGCGUCCACAACUGGAGAAUCAACCAACGGCUGCCGAAUAUAUCGUAGAGGAAGUAUACAGUGUAAAGCUGCCGGAGAAAUUGAGCACGGGAAAGUGGAACGUUCACAGAUCAGUGCUGAGCCCCCUUGAGCUCAUGGAUCAUUGGCCUGAACACCCAGAGAUUAGAACUCUGCACGACAACUUUGUGUACGCGAAGGGGGCCUUUGCAGAGAACAAAUGUAUGGGAACUCGUAUCCGAGAGGAUGGUACAAUUGGCGAGUAUAGGUGGAUGACUUAUGGAGAGGUAGGAACGGCACGCACUGCGAUUGGAUCAGGUCUUGUUCAGCAUGGUAUCCCUAAGGGUUCAUGUGUUGGAAUAUACAUGAUCAAUCGAGCAGAAUGGGUCAUCUCAGAACUAGCAUGUGUCGCUUAUUCCUAUGUGUCUGUUCCACUUUAUGACACUCUUGGAGCUGAUGCUGUGACAUACAUUGUCAACCAUGCUGAAGUCGCUGCUGUGUUUUGUACCCCAGACAAAUUGCAGACUUUACUGAGUUGUCUUGCGGAACUGCCAAGUUUACGGCUCAUUGUGGUUGUGGGAGGUGCUGAGAAUUUAGUGCCUUCACUCCCACCCCAGUCAGGGGUUGAAAUUAUGCCUUACUCUCGACUCGAAGCUCAGGGUAAAGCAGAUCAGCGAGCAUUUGUGGCACCAAAGCCACAUGAUCUAGCUACUAUAUGUUACACAAGUGGUACUACUGGUGUUCCCAAGGGAGCAAUGAUAUCUCACCACAACCUUGUCGCAAGCGCUGCUGGGAGUAGCCAAUCUACACCUAUCUACCCCUCUGACGUGCAUAUCUCGUAUCUGCCACUUGCUCAUAUUUACGAGAGGAUGAACAUGCUUGUCAUGCUGCAUCAUGGUGUGGCAGUUGGUUUCUAUCAAGGAGAUAUUUUGAAGCUAAUGGAUGAUAUGGAAACCUUGAAACCUACAAUAUUCGCCAGUGUACCACGUCUUUAUAAUCGCAUUUAUGAUAAAAUCACGGGAACAGUGAAGGCUUCAGGUGGACUACGUGAGAAGCUGUUUAACGUUGCCUACAAUGCAAAGAAACAAGCACUUGAGAAGGGAAAAUCUCCUUCACCCAUGUGGGACCGGUUGGUUUUUAACAAAGUGAAGGCAGCUCUUGGGGGACGAGUUCGUAUCAUCUUGUCAGGCGCAUCACCAAUAUCCCCAGAUGUUCUGGACUUCUUAAGAAUUUGUUUUGGUGGUUUUGUUUCUGAAGGCUAUGGAAUGACGGAAACGUCGUGCCUGAUUGCUGGCUCUCAACGCGGAGACAACACAUCUGGGCACGUUGGAGCCCCAAGCCCAUCUUGCGAGGUUAAGCUUGCUGAUGUUCCGGAGAUGGAAUACACUAACGACGACAAACCUUACCCGCGAGGAGAAAUCUGUGUUCGAGGCCCCACAUUGUUCAAAGGCUACUACAAAGAUGAAGUUCAAACACGGGAGAUUUUUGAUGAAGAGGGCUGGUUACAUACUGGUGAUAUUGGGUGUUGGUUGCCAGGUGGUCGGCUCAAAAUCAUCGACAGGAAGAAGAAUAUCUUUAAGUUGGCUCAAGGAGAGUACAUUGCCCCGGAGAAGAUCGAGAAUGUCUACCUUCGCAGUCGUUUCAUAACACAGUGUUACAUACAUGGUGAUAGUUUCAACUCGAGUCUUGUGGCAGUUGCUGUCGUUGAUCCAGAGACUCUGUCUGCCUGGGCAAAAUCGAGGGGUAUGAAGCACUCAGAUGAUUUGAAGCGGCUAUGUGAUGAUCCUGUUGUACGAGUGGCUGUGCUUGCGGAUAUGAAUACUGUCGGUCGCGAAGCACAGUUGCGAGGUUUUGAGUUUGCCAAAGCUGUGACGUUGAUUCCUGAACCAUUCUCAAUAGAAAAUGGAUUGCUUACACCCACGCUCAAGGUGAAGCGACCCCAAGCUAAGGCUCGCUUUGCAACGGCCAUUGCAGAAAUGUAUUCUGAGAUUGCAGCUAAGGAGGAAUCUCACCUGCCGUUGCGAUCCAGCAAGUUGUAAAUAUUCUUUUGCGCCACGUUUCCCAAUACUGUUGGAUCUCAAGUGCCUUCAGACAGAAUGUGAGGCAAUAGUUCGUUCUUUGAAGAACUCUCAAUUCGGACUUGUACGUACGCUAUUGAAAUUUAUCUUUGUCAAAUGAAUACUAGAAGACUUUCAAUCUGCGUUGCAUUGGUACCCACCCAGGCUCAUGAAGUUUGCGCCGUAAUAAAUCCAAGAAAAUGUAUUGGUUCUGGCUA